AUGGUGCAGGACGCUUACAACCUGUACAUGGAACUGUGGGAGAAGAUCGACGAGAGAGGCAUCAAGAAACGGGUCGCGCGCCACUUGAAGGCCUGUCGCUCGAGCAGCGAAAUAAUCGCGUACGUGCGCAGCUUGCUGGACCAGUUCCGUUUGCUGGAUUUGACCGGCCUGCCUGGCGACGGCAAAAACGAUGCCGAGGCGAUCGCUUGCCGGAAGCGGGGCAACGGGCUGGUGAAUCCGCGGAUCGCGCGAUACGUCAGCGCCAUCCGGUUCUACAACAAGAGCAUUGCUUUGGCCGAGGCCAACUCGGCGGCCCUGGCGGAAGCGUAUGGCAACCGGUCGGCGGUUUGUUUCGCGCUUAAGGAGUACCAAGCCGCGCUGGACAACAUUCGGUUGGCGCGGGAGAAUCCGUACCCGGAGAACCUGAUGCAUUUGGUGGACAAGCGCGAGCAGGACUGUCGGCAGUUGCUGAGCGAGGUUGGUGAACAGGGCGAGUUGAAGGACGAAUUAGCGGCAAAGGUUGAGUUGAGCCACGAACCCAAUCCGAAAAUUCCGCAAAUUGCCAAUUGCCUGGAGCUGAAGCACGAGGACCAGUACGGACGAUGCAUUGUGACGAACCGCAACUUGAAGGUAGGAGAUGUUGUCAUCAUUGAGAAACCUCACUCGACCGUGUUGGAUGAAGAGCUACGCUAUUUGCAUUGUGACUAUUGUAACCAGGAAGCAUUCUUGAGCUUGAUUCCGUGCAAGCAGUGUUCGAUCACGAUGUUUUGCUCAAACGCUUGCUACCAGAGCGCACUGGAUAGCUACCACCGCCUGGAGUGUCCGGUCACCAAGGACAUACGCUUGCUUUUCCCGAAUGUCAUGGUUUUGGCUUUUCGAACUUUGGCGAAGACGAUUACAAGUUUCAACAACAAUCUGGACGAACUGAAGCUGUUUACGGAAUGCGUGGAGCAAACAAGUCCGAGCCCGUUCGACUAUGACUGGACCACGAUUGGCGCCAAGGAUGUGUACGCGACAAUCCAUUCCAUGUCAACUCUACAGGGUAAGCACACUGCUAUAGAUCUGCUUCAGCACGCGGUUUAUGCCAUCGUCAUGAGCGAGCUGUUGUUUGGCAAGACCUUGCUGGGCGAACUGUGCGGAACUAACGAAGCCCAUCGGGACUUUAUCCGUGUACUCGCCCUUCACCUGUGUCAUAUUGCUCCGGUUAACUUUCGGACCCAGGACUACAUGGAUUACACACCGAAAGGGAGGGAACAAUUCGGCGCCAAGAACCACUUCACCGCAUCGUACCCCAUCAUGAGCCUGAUGAACCACUCCUGUGCCCCGAACGUGGACCGAAUCGAUAUGCCAAGUUCACGGGCAAUCGUCGUGAUUCGACCCAUCAAGAAGGGUGGCCAGCUGUUCGAUAACUAUGGCAUGCACUACUGCUUCGCCAAGCGCGACGAGCGUCAGACCGAACUGAUGGAUCUGUACUACUUCGAGUGCAAGUGCGAAGCUUGCGUGCGGAAUUACACCAUCUACCGAUUGCUGCCCACCAAACUACGGGGCGGGAGCUUCGCCAGCGUGAUGUCGCCGGAGAUCGACGAAAAGCUGACUCGACACGACAAACGGGCCGCUGCGGCUGUGCUGCCGGCGUGUUACAAGUUUCUGGAAAAGCUGGACCACCUGUACCCGUGCCUGGAGCUGAGCGCAAUGCAGCUUUCCGUUCAGCGAUGCUUUCAGAUGCUGUACAGCUUGGAGUCGGGCAAAGAAAAGUACAAGGACAUUUGCCUGAUUUAGAAGGGGGUUGGGUGGACGUUACUUUUCUGUCUAUGUUUUUUUGCGGAGCAGCAAUUUGUUUUUAAUAAUUUCUUAUAAUUUACAUUUAUCCAUUGACUAACAACUAUCAUACGAAGUGUAUCAAACGAUACUCUGAAUAAAGUUUGUUCUCUUCCUCCAACGAAAUCUUCUUAUCAAUUUACUCCAAUGAAGACACGCAGACAAGUGCAGGCGUUCUCGGAUGAUUGGCUUGUAUCACUAGUCGGCAACAACGACACACACGAGAGUGUAUCAUUCGAUGUUUCAGUUGAGUUGAAUGUUACAAUUUUGGAAUAGUUUGAGCAACAUAAAAUGAUAAAGAAGU